UCCGUGAAUUGAAGCAGUGUUUCGUGAGCACCCCCUCGUUGAAGACCUUCGUCCCUGUUUGUCCAAGUUCGUCCGAGCACUGUUCAGGUUCGUCCAAGUUCGUCCGAGAAAAUUGCAGACCUCCGUCCCUGUUCGUCCAUAACCCAUUCUGAAGAUUUUUGACUCCAUGGUCCGCACAAGCUUAUCACAAAUGGCUGAAAGGAGGAAGAAGCAGAGGAAGAUGUUGAUGAGGAUGAUGAAGAAGAAACAGAGAACGAGGAUGAAGAAGUAGGGAGGAAGGGGUUCAAGGCCAAAGUCAUGGAGGAGAUUAAAGCUCUGCGGAAGAAAGUGGCAGAUUUGGAAACGAGGUUGAAGUUGAUGGAAGAGAGGGUGAGUGCACCGUGUGGUGUGUCAAACAAUGCGGCUGAGGUUGGUGGCAAUGAGGUUGAUGCUAAUGCCAUGCAAAUGGAUGAUCAUGACGACCCAACACACACUGAAGAAUGUGGCCCAACGGCCGUUGUAGAUGAUGCAAACAAUGUGAAGGAGUCUGAUGUCAUUACACCUUCGGUUGAGAUCAUCUCAACCAUCCUCAAUGAACUGGCUGAUGUUGUGGAUGAUUCAAAGGAUGAGAGGGAGUGUGAUCCUACUACAGCUUCCAAUCCGAUCAUCUCACCGGCUCUUCUUGAUGUAAGUUAAAAUGUCGGUCUCAUUGUAUUGAAUUGUCUAUCUACAAACAUCUUCACAAUCUCAAUCAUUUGACUGUUUUAUAAGGUGGUUGCUGCUAAGCUCACUAAUCCUGCCCCUUGUGAUGAAACAUGCCCCAUAAAAACUCCCGCGAAUCAAAACAUCUAUAUGGAUGUGCUUUUGAAAAGGCCAAGAUACCCUUCGAAGUAUAGGGUCAGCCCUUAUACCGAACCAAGAGCUUCAAAGCGGGCCAAACACAUUAUUGAACCCAGUCUUGAAAUCCACCCAAUCUUCAUUGCUGAAACAGUUGAGGAAUGGAAUGAACUUAAAGAUUGGAUAGAAGGUGAUGACAGUCAACCCCCUCUUAAUGUAGUUCUUAUGAUCCCUGAUGAAUUUGAAGUCAACAAAGGUUUUUUCCAAGACUUGGUCACAUGUAAUCUAUGGUUGGCCAACUAUCAUCAAAUAAUGAAAAAGUCAGAAGGCAAUGUCAAAAAAUAUGAUGAUGAUAAACUUCUAACCAAACAAGAUUGGCGCUCAUUUCAAAGGGUUUUACUCCCUUUUAACAUUGAUAACAAGCAUUGGGUAUUGGCAGAAGUGGAUAUUCAAAAAAAAAUUGGUCAGGGUUUACGAUUCCUUGAAGAUGGGCAGAAGCAUUUUUUAUGUUAGGGAACUAUGUGAACGGCUACCGUAUCUCCAUCACGUCUUUACGAAGUCACCAGAAGACUGUGAAGCCCUACCAUGGGUUGCCGAGUUAGUUGAUGGUGUUCCGCAGCAGGGGAGAGGAUCUGGAGAAUGUGGAGUGAUGGUUGCAACCUUUGCAGAACACCUUUUAAUGGGCAAGCCUUUGUUUCCAGGUUGUGAAUAUUCAAACAUGUGGAACAAGAGAUGCCAAUAUGCUGUCCGUUUGUGGCGACUAAAGAAAGUGGUUGAAGCAUAUGACUUUUCUAUAAAUCAUGAAUCUCUCUUUUUUGUGGAGUAUUGAACAACUGUUAAUUUGUAAUGUUGUACAAUGUUCAACAAUUAGAUGCAACAUAAUGUUUUGUUUUUGUAUAUGUAGCACCGUUUACAUAAUUAUCAACAAAAGCAGUAAGUGCACAUUCCAACUAUUUGUUCAAUUCAAAGUACAAA